ACCAUUUAUUAUCACAAGAUCAACUUUUGCUGGUACAGGGAAAUAUGCCGGGCAUUGGACAGGCGAUAAUUCGGCAGAUUGGGAAGAUUUAUAUUUGUCAAUACCUGGUAUACUGAAUUUUCAGAUAUUCGGCAUUCCUUUGGUUGGUGCGGAUAUAUGUGGUUUUAAUGGUCGUACUACCGAAGAAUUAUGUCUCAGAUGGAUGCAACUUGGGUCAUUUUAUCCUUUUAUGAGGAAUCAUAAUGGAAUAUUAGAAAGUUCACAAGAACCAUAUAUCUGGCCAUCAGUCGCUGCAACAUCUCGCAAAUAUCUCCGUAUUCGAUACUCACUCCUUCCAUACUAUUACACACUCUUCUAUGAAUCUCACAAGUAUGGAUAUAUGGUCUUACGACCUCUAUUUAUUGAAUAUCCUCAUAUCAAAUCAGCAUUAUCAAUCGACAAGCAAUUCAUGCUUGGCGGAGGAAUAUUAGUUUCACCUAUAUUAUUGCCAAACGAAUCAGAGGUGAAGGACGCUUACAUACCACCUGGAAUAUGGUAUAACUUUUAUUCACAUAAUGUUAGCUUUAAAGUUCAUGACCAAGGCAUACAUUCUGUUAUUAAAGCAUCUUUGAAUGAGAUGCCAAUACAUUUGAGAGGUGGGCAUAUUAUACCAAUGCAACGUCCCAGAAUGACUACAACACAAAGCAGAAAGACGAAUUAUUAUUUAAUAAUUUCGUUGGAUGAAGACGAAAGCGCCAAAGGAUCGUUGUAUUUUGAUGAUGGUGAAAGUUUAGAUGUUGGAGACGAGUAUACUUACAUCUCAUUUGUGAUAAAUAAUCGAAGUACUUUAAUCGCAGAUGUUAAAUGGUGUGGGUACGAUAAUGGUCUUGUAUUAGAUAAAAUUUUUAUUCUAGGAGUUGCAGAUGCAAAAUAUGAUGAAAUAGUCACAAAUAAAAAAGUUAGCAAAGUUGUACUGAACGAUGUCGAGAUUGAGAUGAAGGAAGGCAAAGACAAAAGCUCUUUCAUUGAUUUUUAUGAUUUUGAUUAUAGCACCAAUGAUAUAGAAGUUGGCGAUGGGGGUUUAUGGGUAAUUGAUGAUAUCGGGAAAUUAACCUUCAGCGGAUUACAAUUAAGUAUGUGCCGAGGGUGGAAUCUGACAUGGGUUUUAGAUUAA